CCUUGCAACGAAGACUGGAGUGUUGGACCAAGAACAAGGCAACGAUCGACUAUUGACUUGGUAUGGAUCAGGAGGAGAGACCGGAGCCCACAGGGGCGGAAGACCCUGGAGUAUCACCUGCUGCUCAAGCUACUGGCUGGCAACCAAGAGCUGACUAUCUGGAAGCUCUUGUUGAUAUGGGAAUUUCAUCUUCAAUAGCAGAGAAAGAUGACAGUGAGGAAGAUGACAUCACAGUUCUUAGUUCAAAUGCAGCAGCGUACAAGAUGGUUUUCGUUGUCAACACAGCCCUCAACAUGGGUGUUGGAAAAAUAGCAGCCCAAGUAGCACACGGCGCAUUAGGUUUAUAUAGAGAGCUUCUUGAACAGCAGGAUCAAUUUGGAGAGAUGCUCCUUAUGUGGGAAGAGACUGGAGGUACAAAGAUAGUUUUGAGAGGGGAAGGUGGAGAGAGAGAGUUGAAGGAGCUGAGAGACAAAGCAUUAUCAAGCCAUCUUCCUUCUUACAUUGUGCGAGAUGCAGGCAAAACACAGAUUGCAGCACGGUUUAACAAUCAGUACUGCGAAUGAUACGGGAACAGUUUCCGACGUAAAGUA